GUAGGUGGGGUGUUGUUCCUUUGCGGAGGAGGCGAUGAUGGAAAGGGUAGGUAGUGACGCGGCCGUAUAUAUGUGCUUUGCCGCCGCGGGCUGAGCUGUGAUUCUCAAAGUCUUUCAUGUCGUCCGGACCUACCGGCGCUCGUUCGCUGCUCCGCCGCCGCCACACAUGCGUCGUCACCCGGGCACACGGAUUUCGUGGGCGCCGGAGGAUUAGUUUUCGCCUUCUUUUUUAAAGCGGCCGGAAUUUAAGUCAUACAGCUUCCCCACUCUCCGGCCCCGGGAAGGAGAGCUCGGCGCCCCCUCCCGCCCCCGCCCCCGCCACCAUGGCGCUCACCUCCGGUCUCGUGAGCCGGAAUUACGACUCCGACUACGACUCCCUCCAGCCGUACUUCUUGGACCACUCGGAGGAGAACUUCUACCCGCAGCAGCCCCAGCCGCCGGCGCCAAGCGAGGACAUCUGGAAGAAGUUCGAGCUCCUCCCCACGCCGCCGCAUUCGCCCAGUCGACGGCCGUCGCUGCCGGGCUUGUCGUACCCGUCCACCGCUGACCAGCUGGAGAUGGUGAGCGAGUUCCUGGGCGACGACGCCGUCAACCAGAGCAUCAUCUGCGACGCCGACUACUCGCAGACCUUCCUCAAGUCCAUCAUUAUCCAGGACUGCAUGUGGAGCUGCUUCUCGGCCGCGGCCAAGCUCAAGACGGUGGUGUCCGAGCAGCUGGCCUCGCUGCAGGCUUCCCGGAGGGAUUCCUCCUCCUCCUCCUCCUCCUCGUCGUCGUCCUCCGGCACCGCUGGCAGCCUCGCAACCGCCGCCCCCUCCACGGAUGCUUCCCCGGCUCGCCCGCCCUCUGACCGCGGCCCCGCGGAGUCCGCCGGGGCAGCCCCCUGGAGGCUGAACAGCAGCUACCUUCAGGACCUCAACACGGCGGCGUCCGAGUGCAUCGACCCGUCCGUGGUCUUCCCCUACCCGAUGCCCGAGACCCCCAAGCAGGGCGAGUCCCCCCGUCAGGACUUGGGGGUGGACACGCCGCCCAACAGUGGGAGCAGCAGUAGCAGUGACUCAGAAGAAGAAGAUGAUGAUGAUGAUGACGAGGAGGAGGUUAGGGAUGAUGAUGACGCCGAAGAAGAGGCAGAGGACGAGGAGGAGAUCGACGUGGUGACGGUGGAGCAUCGGCAGGCGGCCAAGCGCUGCAGCGGCUCCUCCGGCCCGGCCGACCGGCGCCACCCGGGCCCUCUGGUGCUGAAACGCUGCCACGUCUCCACCCAGCAGCACAACUACGCCGCGCACCCCCCCGCCAGGCAGGACCGGCGGCCGCUGGUCAAGAGGCUGAAGACGGAGGGCGCCGGAGCCGCCGUCGGCGCCGGCCAGAGCCGCGUCCUGAAGCAGAUCAGCAGCAACCGCAGGUGCUCCAGCCCGCGCCCCAGCGCCUCGGACGGCGAGGACCGCGACAAGCGGCGGACUCACAACGUGCUGGAGCGGCAGCGCCGCAACGAGCUAAAGCUGAGCUUCUUCGCGCUGCGCGACGAGAUCCCCGAGGUGGCCAACAACGAGAAGGCGGCCAAGGUGGUGAUCCUGAAGAAGGCGGCCGAGUGCAUCCGCGGCAUGCAGGCCGACGAGCGCCGCCUGCUGGCGCUCAAGGAGCAGCUGAGGCGGCGGGGGCAGCUCCUCAAGCACAAACUGUCGGCGCUGCACGACGAGCGCCUUUAAAGCCUCGCGUCUUUGUUCAAUUUUUGUUCGUCUUUUUUUUUUUUUUUUUUAAACCAAGGUUGUACAGUUAUUUGCAUGCAAAUGCAGGUGGGAGGGGUGGGGGGGGGGGUAAAACCACGUUUUGGAAUCUCGUUUGAUUUCAAUGUUAAAACUGCCUCAAUUGAAGUUCUGGGUGGGUUAAAAUAUUUAGUUUAUUUUUAUUAAGAAAAUAUUUAAAAAAAAAUUGGGGCCCCCACGGUUUCUCAGCAGGGGCGGGGCCCAGAUUAAAAUAUGAAUUUUUACGUUUUUUUGUACAUAAUUAAUAUUUCCUAGGAAAAUGUAUUUUUGGAUCUCAAUUGUCUGGAUGUUCAGACCCGGUGUUUGUUUUUUCAUUAUGUUCCGAGACUCCCCUUU